CGACCCCGCCGCCCCAGCGCGCUCCGGCCGCGCACCUGCACCUGCACCUGCACCUGCGCCUGCGCCCGCCGCGGGGCCCGCAGGGAUCCUGCGAAGAUGAGCCACCCUCCCCCCGCUGGAUUACUUGCAGCAUAUAAUAGUCUUACCGAUAAACACCUGACUGGAUAUUUUAACAACACACGGAUAAGACGGCAUCUCUUAAGAUCGGGGCUGAUCACGAGAAGUGGGAGAGUGCUUUCUGAAAAAGAAUACAGACUCAAUAUCAUGAAGAGGGAUCACCAGAAAUACAUCCGGGAGUGCCUAGCUCAGGCUAUCUUCCAUAAGGUUCUGGACAUGGAGCGUUAUCACCAGCUUGAGAUCAAAAAGAAAUUGGAGAUCCUAGCUAGGAAGGAGCGAAUUCAGAGAUUUAAGGGGGAACCCGCAAGAUGGGCUAUAGAAGAUACCAUGCCGGUCCUGUCUCCCCACCCCCCGGCGGGCCCGAAGACUAACCGUGGCCACGGUGUUGUGGUUGACGAAGGACAUUCCAGUCCAGUAACACUGACAGCCCCUCGACCAUACACUGCCCCAGGAAAUAUGCAGCUUCCAAUUCGAUUAAAGCCUCUUCCCAGUAAUCCUGCCCUAGGAACUGUUCCAAAGAUAACUCCGGGGACCAGAUCGAAAACCUCAUUGCUGGAAAAUGAAGCUCCAUUUCCCAUUGGGGGCAAGAAGGCAGCGAUGAAGUUCAAGAACUCCAUGGACAAUGCACAGGGAGUGAAUCGCUCUCAACUUCCAAACAUUAACAAUUACAUGAUGCCUAUUCCUCCUCCACCUCCUCCCCCCAGUGGAAAAAUCACAAGGGAAAAUAGACUUGAAUCGUGGAGAAGGAGAAGAUUUCGUCCAACCACUGCUCCGAAUGGCUUAGAUCCUCUCUUUACCAGGGAAUCAAGAAAGAUUCAUAAAACACCACCGCAUAGUAAUGCAGCUAUUACAAUGAUCUAUCUGGGGAAAAAUGUGCACCUGUCUCAUGAUCACCCCGACUUCCGGGAUGAAAUAAAAGUUUAUCAACAGCACUGUGGAGGGGAAAACCUUUGUGUCUACAAAGGCAAACUACUUGAAAAAGAGACCUUUCAGUUUAUUUCCAAAAGGCACCAUGGUUUCCCCUUCAGUCUCACCUUUUUCCUGAAUGGGAUGCAAGUGAACAGGUUAAGCUCCUGCUGUGAAUAUAAGCAUCGAAAAGGUUCCAGACUUGGAGGCAAACGAGGCUACUUUGGGUUUGUGUGCGUGGAAAGAUCAUCUCCUUGCUACAAGUGCAUUAUUGCCAUGGGCCUUGACAAAAAUACAACUUCACCAAAACCUAGGAAAGAAAUGAGUAUUGAGAAAAGAGAAGAACUGAAGAAGGGUGAGGGGAAACUGAGGAAGGAGAGAGGGUACAUGAUACCGAGAAGGAAAGAGGUGGAGGGGAACAAAACGGCUUCAGUCAUUUUUUCAGCUCAAGAAGAAAAACCAACGAUCAGAGACGUGAGAACAGCUGUAGAAGAAAUGGAACUUGACGGAAAACCAGGACAAGAUGUUUGGGAAGAUGCCCAGGAAAAUAUAUUUAAAUACGAAUAUGAAGAAGAUUUUGAAGUAGAUGAGGAGAAACUAGAUGAGAAAGCUAAUGAAGAAGGACAGGCUGAUGAUCAAAUGAAUGGGAUCUCAAAGUCACCCUCAGACGAUGAAAAAGAUCAUUUAGACCCAGAAAAGGAGAGUGACACCUCAUUGCAGAAGGCAGCAGAUGCCGAUGACAAUGUGAAAGAUGAAGGUGACGGAUGCUCUGACAAUGACCUGGAGGAAGAUAAACAAGAUGUAAAAACUGUUUCAUCCUCCUCCUCCAGAAGUCACCCAUGUUCUAGCUGCAGUGAAGAUGAAUCUGCACUUGGGGAUGGGGAAGCCCACUCUGAAAAUAGCCCAGACAAAAGUGCCAGAAGUUCCUCUUCUCAGGAGUUGAGUGAAAAUGAUGAGGCAGGAAAAUCCCACCUUCCGACGGAGGAUUACUUAGAAGUUGAAAUUGAAGAUCAAGAAAUAAUAACAGCAGAUGUAGCCACCAAGCCUUUGCCAAUAGAGGAACGCUUGGAGAAUGUUCUUGAAGAAGAACCAGAGGAAGGGACCCCAGUGAUUGCAGAGGGCUUAUCUGAGAAGUCCAAGGAACAUGUUUCCAAGGAAGAAGAAGAAAAGGAUCAAAGUAAGCUUUGGGAAGGAAGCACUGCUAAGGUGAAGGACAAAAAGGCAGGUCCCCAUAGGGUGGAAAAAGAUGUUGGACAGAUUGCAGCUGGAGCUGUGGAACCUGGCUGCCGCUGCCACUAUGACACCGAGUCUGGUGUUAGCAGCACAGAAGAGGAGAAGCACUCGGGGAAGCCGGAGAUUGACGCAGGUGCAGCACCCGACAGGACUUUCGGGUUGGAGGCCGGGGCGCCGCUGCACUCAAGCACCGGGGCCGCCGAGGCAGGUGCAUGGGACGCGUCCCCGCGGGGGAAGGAAGCAGCGGCCAAAGAAGAGGCGCUGGCGCCGCGCAGGGAUGCUCACCGGGAUGCUCACCGGGAUGCGCACCGGGAUGCCGAUGGGACCGCGACGCAAGAGGAGGAGGAUGCAGCACUGCGGGGGGGAGCAGGGGUCGGGGAGGCCCUCCGGGGGGCGCAGAAGCCCCCGGCCGCUGCGGGGGGACAGCGGGCGGAGGGAAGGGCCAGCCCUCGGGGCCCAGCACCUGCGGCCGGAGCAGCAGAGGAUCCCAGGCCGGCUACAGUGGAGCUAGGCCCCGGGGGAGAAGGGGCUGCCGGAGCCCCCCGCGGAGGUGCGGGGGGAGGGGAGGCUCCCCAAGAGCCGGCCUUGCGGCCCCCGGAGCUGCAGACGCAGGAGGGGGAGGCUGAGGCCGGGCUUGCAGCGCGGGAGCCCCGGGGGGCUGGGACCGCGGGCGCGGAGGAACCGGGGGCGGCGGGGCGCGCGGGGGCUGGGCGGCCAGCGGCUCCGGGGGCGAGCGGGGGACCGGCCAGCGGCACCUCCGCCCCGCAAGGCGCCCCCAGGGCAGCUGCCCGCCCGGGCCCCGACCUCCCGGGAGCGCGCGGGCUUGACGGGGAGGAGCAGGGGUCCGGGGAGGAAGCGAGGCCUGGGGAAGAGGCGCCAGGCUCCCCGAGGGACACGGAGCGGGACGCCGAGGGCCGAGCCCCCGCGGGGCCCCCGGGAGGCGGCGCGGGGAGGGGAGGGCCGGCGGCCGCGAGCGCAGGGGCGCCUGCAGGGGCGCGGCCGCGGGACGGAGGGGAGACGCCCAGCGAAGCGGGGGGCGCGCGGCGCCGGGGCAGAGCGGAGCUGCUUCCCGGGGGGCCCGAGGCCGACCCGGGGCAGGACCCCGACCCGGAGCGCGCGGCGGUGCCGGGAGCUCGGGCGGGAGCGGGACAGGCCCCGGGGCCCGAAGGAGCGGGGCUCAGCGCGGGGGCCCCACAGGGCGUCUCGGCGGGGGGCCCUACGGCGGCGGGGGGCAGGCUGAGCGGAGGCGCUCUGUCCGGGGCCCCGGGCCAGGACGCGGGGCGCGCUGCGACCACCGUGCUGGGCGCGGGGGGCCCGGAGCGCGGCGGGAGCCCCCGGGGAGGACUCCAGGCCGGAGGGCGGGCGGCAGGCCUGGCGGCACCCGAGACGCAGGCGGUGGCGGAUUUGAAGCCAGCGGAGGGGCAGGCAGGGGCCAAGGAGGGCGCCUCCCCGCCGGGCGCGGCUGGCACGGACACCUGGGGUGGAGGGCGCAGCGCCCCUUAG